AUGGCUAACCGAGGCGUCUCAUGGGAUCCCCAUGUCCACACAAUUGCGGACCUCAAGGACCUUGGCAGCAAGAAGCUCCCCAAGAUGUAUCGGGACUACUUCAAUGAAGGUGCCAUGGAUCUGGUUACAUUGAGAGACAACGAAGAGGCCUAUAACAGGUACAAGAUCCGGCCGCGCAUUCUCGUCAACGUCGACAAUGUGGAUAUAUCGACCGAAAUCUUUGGGUGCAAGACGGCGCUGCCUCUGGGCUUCAGUCCGGCUGCAAUGCACCGUCUAGCGCAUCCCGAUGGCGAGAUUGCUACCUCACGAGCUGCCGCCAAGAUUGGCAUUUGCAUGGGCCUCUCUUCAUAUGCGACGGCCUCUCUUGAGGAUGUCGCUGCUCAAGGAUCAGGGAACCCUUACGUGAUGCAGCUCUGUGUUUUGCGCGAUCGUGAGACAACACUUCAGAUGCUGCGACGCGCUGAAGCGUCCGGAUACAAGGCCAUCUUCCUCUCUGUGGAUGUCCCCAUGCUCGGCCGUCGAUUAAACGAAUAUCGCAACAACUUUGUCCUCCCUGACGAUAUGGCCUGGCCCAAUUUGCUGUCCGAUGGCAAGAGUGAACUCAGCGGAUCCAGCGAGGAUCUGACCCAGAGCAAGCAUGACUUUGACCCGUCGCUCGACUGGGACACUGCCAUUCCCUGGCUGCGCCAGCACACUAAGCUCCAGCUCUGGAUCAAGGGUGUGUACGCCGCUGAGGAUGUCCAGCUGGCCAUCAAGUACGGUCUUGACGGUGUCGUCGUGUCGAACCACGGUGGUAGACAGCUGGACGGUGUCCCUGCGACCCUCGACGCACUCCGAGAAUGUGUCAUCGCAGCCAAUGGAAAGAUUCCUGUUGCUGUUGACGGUGGCAUCCGACGAGGUACCGACAUCUUCAAGGCGCUCGCUAUGGGAGCCAGCCACUGCUUCGUGGGCAGAAUCCCCAUCUGGGGCCUUGCAUACAACGGCCAAGAGGGUGUAGAGCUUGCUCUCAAGAUUCUCAUGUACGAGUUCAAGCUUGCCAUGGCGCUCGCCGGAUGCCGUACGAUCAAGGACAUUUCGAGAAGUCAUCUCGCGUUUCUCAACUCGGAGGGUAUUUUGGCCAAGUUGUAA